GCGCUGUGCCAAGGGGGCCGGGUUGGGGGGCGGCCGCUGCUCCUCCGGGCCGCCAGGGGCCGCUGCCCCGCCCGGGCUGGGUGGCGGGAGGGCCGCCGCGCUUCCGGCGGCGCUCUGGCCGCCGCUCCUUCCGUCCUGUCUGGUGGCGAUGGCGGCCGCGGCGUCCCUGUCCCCGGAGGAGCUGCUGCCCAAGGGCGGCGCGGGCAAGGCCGAGGAGCUGGAGGACGAGCUCGACGAGGAGGAGGAGGACGACGAGGAGCUGGACGAGACGCUGGCGGAGCGGCUGUGGGGGCUCACGGAGAUGUUCCCCGAGAGCGUCCGAUCGGCGGCCGGGGCUACGUUCGACCUGUCGCUGACGAUAGCGCAGAAGAUGUACAGAUUCUCUAGGGCAGCUCUGUGGAUUGGGACCACCUCCUUCAUGAUUCUGGUUCUUCCUGUCGUCUUUGAAACCGAAAAACUGCAGAUGGAGCAGCAGCAGCAGCUGCAGCAGCGACAGAUCCUCCUCGGACCCAACACAGGGCUCUCAGGGGGAAUGCCAGGGGCCCUGCCUCCGCUGUCUGGGAAAAUCUAAUUUGCGGAAGCUGAGUUGGAUUCAUAUCAAGUGGGAAGACCUUGCGAUUAUGAUAUAUUGAACUGUUGAUUUGUUGGGCCAGGGCAUUUUUUCUUUUUAUUUUCGGUUCUCCUUUGGGACAUUGACCUGUUCAUAACGAGGGAGGGAAGCCCCCCUAUGGACCUGAUGAUGGCUCCUGUCUGCAUCCCCCUCUCCUUUAGAAAUCAUGAGUAUUUCCUUUUAUUCAAUCACUUGCCAUAACCAGUUACAGACUUGGACCGGGGGAAGCUCCUCUGCCAGCUUCUUGCCCCCUCAGAACACCCUGGGGCACAGGUCAGGCUUUGAGAAGCAGCAGGCAGACACAACAAAUGCUUUCCUGCCUGAUUUGGAGCUGAAGGACAGUGGUGGCAGGAAGUGUGACUUUCCCAGCAGAGGAAGGAGGGGUGCCGGUGGCAAUCAAUACCCCACGGAAAAUACUCUUUGGGAAGAUGCAUCUGCAGAAACACUUUGACUGCAGCUGUGUGUGUGUGAGAACCGAGGGAGCAGCAGGCCAGGUUUGAGACGAUCACAUCCACGCAGAUUCUCUGCCUCAUAAAGUAGAACAGACAUCAGCUGCGUAUUUUUUUGUAUGGAAUAUUAAAUAAAUCCAACCUGAGCAGUGUGGUUUUAAUAGA